AUGUCCGUAAACUCACAAAUACAACCUGCUACUAAUGUGAGGAGGUUAUCAAUUCCACGGUCAUAUUACAGUAGACCAAACAGAGACGAUAAGGAUUAUUUUGAUUUUGAUCUUCAACACUCUGUGGACAUGUAUCGCCGCCCUGAAGGAAAAUACCUUCCAACACCUCCACAACAUUGGGAAACAAAACUUUUAAAUGAAUAUAAAGCAAAGGGAGAAGCACCACUCUCUGGCUACAUGUUCACAAAAGGACCGAGUGAUUACAGGGCUGCGGGGACUAGUUAUUUAAGCGCUGCUUUGAGGUAA